UUGCUCUCUUCACCAUACCUCCACCGUCACCGUCGACUUACGGCCCUGUCGUACGUGUCGUUGAUGGCCGACCUCUAUCGAAGGCUGCCAGUGCUGCUCCUAGUUGCCAUUUUGCUUGUUGUCAUCCUUGUCUGCAUCAUCGGCAACGUGCCUAGGUGUACACGUAGGAGGCGGUCAGCGAAGAAGGCUGUCGAGAUGGAUGAACGUCGGGCGAAGAGCAGGGCGGUGGUCGAGUCCCCCAACACUCAUCGUGCGCAGCGCGUCCUUGCACAAAGUGCACAGCCGUACGACCCGUCUGCAUACGCGCACUUACCUCCACACAAAAUUCCUCUGCCGCCGACGGACGACGAGGCGGAGCAGCUACCUUCACGCACCGUGGCACUCGGAGCGGGAUUGACGCAAGAUUGGGCAGGGAGCCAAUUGUUUGAAAGUCGCCCAACGACAUCUCGGCAGACGUAUAGACAACUGUUGGAAGAAGGUAUACACGACGAAGAUGCACAUGGUGGCGUCAAUCUGUUGUUCAGAUUGUCUAGCAGGAGCUCAAGACCGAUGACAUGUAGGCGCGUCAUCAAUCCGCACCCCGAUGGCGAUUGGGGUCAAGCGACGCUUGUCAAGCAAUUUGGGGGGGGGGGGGCGUCCGUUGGAUCGCCACCAGCAGAGAAGACGCGGGAUCGACACCCACUGCAGUCGAAAUCGACGUCGCCAACACGUCCCGCAAGCGUUCGUCCACAGUGGAUGCAAUCGCCGUCACCAUUGUCGAGAUGUCCAUCCACAAAGCGGCGCAAGAUUGGGGGUGGUGGGGACGAAGAUUUGCCAGUUGUCGCGAAUGAACAGAGUGGUCGACAGGCGGAACAACGGCAGCGGCUGCGUCGAGAUCGUGGAGACGCGAUAACGAGGGGGGUUAAGUGGCUGAAUGUCGGUGGAAAGGACGUAGAGAAGGAUUAUCCGGUGGUGGAUGAGGACUGCGAAGACAUUGACGAGGAAGACGAAGGCGACGCUGUAAACAUUCAGCCAUUGGGCAAGAAGUCCAUGGGCGUUCAGGGGACAAGUAACAAGACUUCUGCCUCGCAGGGAAGACAGACCAAGAAAUCAUCAGUUGCGGGAAGUGAUGGCGAAGGCGGUGUUCUGCAAAAGGAAGAACAUGAGGCAGCAGACAUCGGAGGCUCUGACAAACGUGAUGGAGAAGCAUGGGAUGCUAAUGGCGCAACGUUGGUGUGCGCUAGCAAGAGGCAGUGGUCGAUGAUGAUGCGGCACUGUGAGAUCAUGGGGUUGGAAGUGGACGUCCAAAAGAAACAUUGCACGAUGUCCGAUGAUGUGAGCAAGCUCAUGUGCCACACCCUCAUGGAAAUAGCGAAGGCUAUCCGCGAGAGACAGCCGCGUGUAUGAGGUGGUGGUACUGGGGCGGAAGCGGUGGGAGUGGGUGGUGUUGGGUCGUCAAGAGCGGUGGCUGCUGCGGCGCCUGCACAAAGCAAAGCUGAUGCUGUAGACGAGGAACCUUUGGCGAACAAGGUGCGGAGAGCCAAACAUUUUGGCGGAGCAGACAAGGUUGUGGGUUGACUUCUUCAGAUUCUGGAACAAAACAGACGACAAUCG